AUUUCUCCUUCAUUAUUCGACAGCAGCACCUAUUUUCAAGGAACACGGGAUACCGCUCUCCAUAAACAGUGACAUCAUGACCGGCCCUCGAAUCCCUGGAAAGAAACCACGGAAAGUGCGAGGGUGUUAUAACUGCUCGCAACGGCGUAUCAACUGUGACCGGGGUGCACCAGCCUGCCAGAAAUGUAUUAAGAAGGGCCUGGAGUGCCUUGGUUUAGGGAAAAGGUAUCGAUUCAACGAUGGUGUUGCGUCUCGGGGGAAGUGGAGUGGAAAGUCGAUGCCGGUUGGGGAUAUAGAAAAACACCCAAAAAAGCGAAAACAAGACAACCCCAGCGCUGGCGAUGACAGUGUUUAUAAAUCCGAAGAGAACAAACAUGAUCCACCCUGGAGUCUGGAUCACGUCGACCACCAAGCCAGAUUCCUCCUUGGAUAUUUCGCAGAAAAGAUCGCCCCAGUAAUGGUAGCAAUCGACAUCGCCUCCAACGGCUACCGCGAUCUCAUCUUACCAAUCUGCGACGAAGACACUGUCAUCCGAAGCGCCGUCCUAGCAACAGCUGCGUUCCAUCUCUCGAUCCACCAAACACAAUGGAAGGAAAUAGCAGUACGGUAUCACAUGGCCGCUAUCAGGGGGCUGAACCAACGGACGAAAGAAGACGGUGUAGGCGAUACCAUCGUCUACUCGAAUCUGUCUACGAUGAUUAUCCUCUUAAUCGAGGAAAUGGUUACUGGGGGGAGGGACUUUGUGAUACUUCUCCGCAUGGUGAAGUCGUUUAUCGCGUCGCAAGGGGGAGAGGGGGAGAUUGAGCGCCACCCGGUGGGGUGUUUUCUCAUGCAGCAGAUACGGAAAAUGUCUCUCUACGCAGAGCCAUUGCUAUCCGAAGAGUCCGCCAUUACCACUCUGGCAAACGUAUCGAAUAGGGAUCUGGACUUUCUAUACAGCUGCAUGAAAGCACACCCAGAGCACUCUGAGGCUAUUCUCAAGCUGAUCGGCCUAAUACGCAAAGCAUGUAACAUCUACAUGUGCCGAGCAACAAGUGUGCCAGCUGAAGCCAUUACCGAUUUAGUUGAGAGCUUCAUAAAUGAGACGGCGACAUUCAAUGCAACCUCACCAGGCGGUCAUAUCCUUGUCUGGGCAUUCUUCAUCGUCGGAGCAGAAUGUUCUUCCGAACGACAUAGGAGUUUUAUUAUGAGUCAAUUACAGAAUCUCUGGGUCUGGACGGGGUUCGCCAAUACUUUAUACGCUAUCAGAAUACUGCAAAGUGUUUGGCAAGAAAGUGAAAACAGGAACUGGACACAGGUGAUAGCUAGAAACGUGGAGGUUUUCAUCAUGUAGAUACAUUGUACUUGGGCUAUAUCAGCUCGACCUCAAGUCGUGGUCCUUUGUAUCUCUUGUUUGCGUGGAUAAUCCAAUUAAUCAAGGAGAAAAGAGCCAUGGCACCGAUCACAAGGGAUGAAUAAU